UGCGUUUAUAUAAGAAGGUUGAGCUUGCAAUUUACAACUAUCACAUUGAAAGGUGCAAUAAAGUGAAGAGCUACUGCAACAAGAUGUUCAAAAACUUGUUGUCAACAACGACCAUUGCGAUUUUAGCAGCGUGGAUUGCUGUAACAAAAGCAGCGGACGAACCAACGUGUAAGAAUGGAGGGAUUGCGGGCAAUGAGACUCAUCCUAUUUGCACGUGUGAAUAUGGAUUCAAAGGAUAUGACUGCAGUCAGAGAGUAAGACCUUGCGAAGGACGUCCUUGCAGAAAUGGGGGGAAAUGUUCCGAAAACAAUGACGGCCGGACAUUCAAGUGUUCUUGCACAAUCCAUUACAAAGGUGUUUUGUGCGAACAAAGAGUUCGACCAUGUGACAGUGCUCCCUGCAAAAAUGGAGGAAAUUGUACUGAUGAUGGAAUCAAAUGUUUUAAAUGUGAAUGUCCCUCCGGUUUUAAAGGACCUGACUGUUCUGAAAUGGUUAAACCAUGUGAGAUUAGGCCUUGCAAAAACAAUGGUGUUUGUGUGAAUGAAGGUAACGGGAGAUUCAAGUGUAAAUGUAAGGAGGGAUUUGGAGGAACAUUUUGUGAUAGAAGAGAUGGUCUCUAUGGCUCAAAAAUCUUGGCUGGGCGAGAAAAGGAUGUCAGACAAUUAAAGAAAUGGCUUGGUGGCUCACUGAUCAUGAAAUCGUGGAGGUUAUGCUACCGUGCAACUGAGAAUGGGUUUGCAGCGACGUCUUUCCAUGCUAAAUGUGAUGCUAAACAGCCAACUGUCACUCUCGUCCGCACUGGACGCUAUAUUUUUGGUGCAUACAGCGAUCAACCCUUUGGAGGUUCAGCCGCAUACAAAUCCAGUUCGCGGGCGUUUAUCUUCUCCUUCGUAAAUAAGGACAACCUUCCACCCUUCAAAUCUCCUGUUUACAGACACAACCAGCAUGCUAUAUAUACUAACCCUGGUUACGGUCCAACAUUUGGUGGUGGUCACGAUAUUCAUAUUUCCAAUUUGGCCAACGCUAACACUGGUUCCUACGCUAAUCUUGGUCAUACUUAUCAACCACCACACGGGUAUGGAUACGGCACAAACAAGGCAAGAGAUCUCCUCGCUGGAACAAGAAAUUUCUCUCCUAACGAGAUUGAAACAUACUUCUAACAAUUUCUAUGCUCAAUGUUCUUCUUAACACGCAUGCAUAUUUUCCAUUUAUAUAGUCAUAGAUGUGAGUGCAUAGAUUGAUUAACGGUGUAGGGCUUAGUGUUGGUGUUCAGAAAACGAAUCGUAACAUAUUUUAUGCUAUAUAAAUGAAUAAAAAAGAGACAUCAAACUACUCAUACAAUUUACUGCUAAACAAUAGUUGAUUUUUAUAACUUAUCUCCCCGUUGCAUUUAUCUAUACCCUUUUACAGAUUGCGUUCAUACGUAGCAAUGUUU